AUGCGCUACUCAACCCUCGCAGUCCUCGGCCUCGCAGCAGUCGCCCGCGCAACAUGGGACGGCCAAUUCAGCUACCCACCAGGCAUCGAGCCCCUCGGCCUCGCCAACGGCAACGCAGACUUCAACAUCAAGACCUUUGGCCCCCUCACGGGUCCCCCCUCAGACUGCAUCUCCGUCUGGCACCCUCCCCACCCAGACGUCUACAUUGACGACUGCGACAGCGACAAGGAGCACGGCUGGCAUUGGGUCCACCCGGGCAAGCCCAAAUGGGGGAAGCCCGGCAAGGACAAGGACGGCCACAAGUGGAAGAAGCCAAAGCACACAAAGGAACCCGGCUGCGACAAGUGCUCCCCGGAAACCACCGAGCCCCCCUCGGCCCCGGAACCCACAGAGACCCCCGACCAGCCCGACCAACCGGAACAGCCCGAGCCCACCACCACGCCGCAGUCCUGGAAGUGGACCACCUCCACAAUCACCCAGACCGCCGUCUCCACAAUCUACAGCUGCCCGCCCAGCGUCCCCAACUGCCCCGGCAACGGCGGCGGCACAAUGUACGAGACCGUCACCGUCCCCGCCGUCGUCACAAUCUGCCCCGUCCCCGUCGCGCCCAACCCGGGCCCGACCACCGCGCCCGUGGCUCCUCCAGCAACCACCGCACCGGCAGAGCAACCGGCGCCCAGCAACCCUUCUCCUCCCGAGACCCUCUCCUCCGUCGUCAUCCCGCCAGUGUCAUCAAACCCCCCUGUGGUCCCCGUCCCUCCCGUCUCCUCUGCUCCCCCUGCCGCCACGACGACCAAGCCCGAUUCCGUCGGCACCGUCACCAGACCCAACCCGACCGCGACCACGAGCCGCGCCGUCGUCACCGCCGGGGCUGUGCAGAACGUUCAGCGCGCCGGUGGUGUGGUCGUCGCCGUGGUGGCUGCCGCCGCCGCCUUUAUCUGA